UGCUCAAGCAACAGAAGCAAUGUGACAAUUUUCACAAUAAUAGUGCUUUUAAAACACUUACAGGCAAAAAUUGCCUUUUUCAUCUACUUCACAGUUUCACAAGGUACAAAUUACUACCAAAAUGAUGGAGCAAACGAGUGAACCGUUUUACCAUGUACUGGACACGGCAUGCUCGACAGCUUUCUCGGCCUCGUUGGACAGACUUUCGGACGGAAACGGAGCGGACUGCUCUUUUUAUGGAUCGGAACACGAGGCGACAACUCUCUCGCCACAGUCGCCGCAACUCGGUCGAUCAGUUCCGAUGCUCUCUUCUCCCGAGGAUGGGAAGGAGAUAAUUUUAGGCGGCAAAAUUGCAGGAAAUGUGAAAACUGAGGACAUUGCAGAACAAGGUGACAAGCCUAAUAAUAAACACAGUUCACAGUCAUCGGUUUAUUACGCGCAGAUCAUCUAUGAAGAGUACGAAAAGAUGAAAAAAGAUACACCGACGGAGAAUAACGGGACCUGCAGGCGAGUUCCGUUGAUGAUAAACCCAGUACCCAGCAGCAAGUCGAAGAAACAUAGCUCAUCUAACACGUCCGGAGGUAGCAAUACAUCUGUGCAUACAUCAGGCAGUAACUCUAGUCUACGAGUGUUCAAAAGAGCGAGUAGUGGGCAAGGCGGAACUGGGCAUUACUCGGACACAAUGGAAAGUGGAAGCGGAGGCGGGAUCCAUAGUUCACCACCGAACUCAGGCGGUAGCAGCGCGGACCAGUAUGAAAUCCAGAGUGGCCUGAAUUUACCCCCUCAAGCUAUUAAAACGCUUCCUGCGCCUCAUCACAGACCGUCCAAAUCACAUACGACAACGUUCGGAGGACAUCAUUCCAUUGGGGGGUUCCACCAGCACCAGCAUUCGUCUCAAUUUCACCCUGAUUUCGGAACUCUUUCUUCCAGACCAGUUCUACCGCCGCCUCCGCCCCCACCCGUCCCGCCUAUUUCACAUAUACCCUCUGCCUCAGUUGUCGUGGAAAAUACUUCGCAUGUCUCAAGUUUUCCUCAUCACCCAAGAACACAGUCGUUCACUUUAAAGGACAGACCGCUACCUCAGAGGCCGGAUACGUCGACAAUGCAAGCACUUGGCUUCCAUGGCAACCAGACUGCUUACAUUCCGCGAUCAGUGACCCCGGAACCAUCGAGGAGACGCACGAAGAAACCUCCGCAAGCUCAGAGCGCGUACAAUGUCGACAACAAUGCUGCUAGACACUUCAAAACACUGCCUAAUAACAGAAAAGUGAACCGGGAUAAUUGCAUGAAUAUUAACUGGAACCCGGAUUCUAAUUUUUCGACUCCAGCUAGAGGUAAAAGGAAACACUCGGUUCCAAACGAGAAGAUAUUGCAAUUGGAAAAUGAUAAAAAUGUGGAUGAUGUUUUCGAAGAUGAGGUAAAUCCGGGCAACAAUGCGAACAGGGUAAGUCGGCAGCAGCCGCAAACGCCUUCAAAACUGUCUUCAACUUUCUCAACUAUUAAAAGACUUCUCAAGAGGGACAAGACUCCAUCUAGAGGUGAUGCAAUCUCGAGGCAUAACAAAAGUGCGUCACAGUCGCCGGCAAUGCACCGCGGUGAAAUGACGUUGUCGGUAUUCCGCAACUCGAAUAAUAAUUUCGAGUCUGAUGAUUUGGGAUCGAGCAUUGAUGAAUUAGCUUAUGAUAUCCAGUCGCUUCCUUUGGAGCAGACCAAAGCAAAAGGGUUGAGCAAAUUGACCACCGCUUCAGAAAAUAGUUCUAACAGUGAACUUGCCGCAACUAAAGCUCGUAAUUUGCGCGAUUCAACCAAGCCUCUUUACAUCAGCACGACACAGCAUUCAACCGGUGGCACUCUCAACCGCACGCAAUCUUUAGUCGAGAUGUCUUCCGAAUGCGGAACCCAACCUCGAACCUCGAAGAACAUUCCACGAAGACCCGUUCGCAUCAUUUCGUUCCUGUCUCAAGCCAGUGAUUCUCAAACGUCUCCCGAUGAGUUGUCAUCAUAUGCGUCAUCUUUAAGUAGCUCUAACGCAACCACACCUGUUCAAUAUGUGAAUACCUUGUUCGGAUCUCCUACCGAUACAUCGCAUGAAAUAAUAGAUUUUCUAUCCAAUCAGAACUCUUACGUAUUGAACUCUUUUCUAUCGAACUACAAUCCUUACCUGGUGAGCGACAUGGGCGACUUCAAACCUCUUCUUGAGUUCUCCACUCAAAGUCAAGUUUCGACUAGACUCUGUGCAAUGUUUCUGUUCGAUAUACUGUCGCAGAUUUCGCAUAAAUUUUACGAACCAACAUUGUCUGGAAUCGGACCCCACAUGUUUUACGUCUUCUGUCCUUUCAAGUCUUACAGUUCAUCUAAUUCUCUGCAGCUAUCACGACCAAGGCUUAUUCUAAGAUGGGACGCGCCUUUGCCUAAUUCUAAGAAAUAUCUCGUAAAACCGGAACCCUCUAAAGUUGCAGAACUUCUCGCGAUUAUUGUUUAUGUCAGUAGCUUCCGAUCUAUCAGCACUUCGCUUCCGUCUAUCGUUCAACAUGUUAAAUCUUCGGUCCUCGUCGACAACUUCUUCAAAGUUUUAAUCUCUAAUGAAAGUUUUUUCACAUGCUCCACGCCUACUUUAGUGCAAUGUUUCAUCAGCUGCUAUCUGGGCUGGCUCCCAGCUACAUUUUCAAAUAUGUUUGUAGAUUGCUCCAAAGCAAUUCCUAGUUGCAAUUUUAACCCCAACAGUUUAGAAGGUGCCAAUCAUCUUAAUAGCAAUUAUAACUCUAGUACUAACCCAAUUAUUAAUAGCAGUAGUGCUGCUAGCAGUGCAGAAAAAAUUGUGCAACAAAUUAUGGGUGGACAAGCGCCGUCCAAUCAGAAUCAGUAUCUGACAAUCUCAACGGCGCAGCUGUGGAUCAGACUAGAGAAGGCGAAGUUAUCCAACCAGAUAUUCGCAAAGCUUUUUAGCCAAUCGUUGAGCUCUCCCGCUACUCCGACAACUACGCCGACGCCCAAUGGUGACAGCGGGUUUGAGUUUAUGCUAGAUGAGCUGCAUGACAAAUCAAGCAUAUUAUGCACGUGCAAUGAGUGCGAUAUCAGCUCUGCUGUUAAAAUGUGGAUGGCUUCUUCUGAAAAGAAAAACUCGCACAUGCUUUAAAUUUGUUAAAUUAGAUCAAAUCGUGUAUUUUUAACCUUUGCAAACUAGUGAUUAAAUGUCUCUGAAAAUUGUAAAAUUUGAAAAAGAGAAACAGUG